AUGCCGACGCAUAUUGAAAUCAUUGACAAAACAAGUGGUGAGAACAACCAGAUGCAGAUGGUUAAAUACCAGAAUAGUUAUAGACUUGACUCUAAAAAUGUAUUUAGGCCGGAUACAGUGGCCAAACUCGUAGAGGCGAUUAUGACGGAAAAUUUUGAAAAUUUUACCUACAAUUACAAAGAGUCAGUUAAAAUGAGCGUUGAUACUGCAGCUGAAAUCAGGAAAAAAAUUCAAACACUACAGUUUGAUAGACGCCAGUACCAUGGUCACAUGGUGCCAACUUCCAACUUCGGCCGAGAAAAAAAGAGAAGUCGACAAGCCAAGUACAAAGAGACACUCCGACAGAAGUUGGCCAACGACGAAAACCUCCACGAAAAUCGUCACUUUUGGAGGACAAAAAGGAAGAUCCAGCGAAGCAGAGACGGACAGUUAUGUCCCGCCUGGCCUCAUCUUCAAUGCCUUUGUCCUAUUGGACUAUGCAGGGAAAAAUGA